UUGCACGAUAUUCUAAUUUGUCGAAUUUCACCUGUAGAAUCAGCCUUGAAAAUCAGCUGAGGAUUUUGAUACCCAGCCUGCUGCUUUCUGUAGAUCACGCCUCCCCAAACCACUCACUGUUUUCCCAGUUGGCAGGGAAUUUGGUAGGACGUGGCUUCCCUUCCGGAGCGCCCCUGUUGGAAAACGCUGAGCCGUUGCUCCGCCUCCAGCUGAGAAAGAGCUGGGGGUUGGUGGCCGUUACCAACGGAGCGACGAUCACCUAGCGAAGGAAGACGCCGAGCCUCCCAACCAGUAGGGGGCGGUACUCCGUCUGCGCCGCGCAGCCGGCCCGCGCUUGUGGAAGCCUCGUUGGCCGGAGCUCUCCCCAGGCGAUGCUUAGCGAAGGAGGCAGGCGGUAGCCCGCGAAGUGGCCUUCGGGAGAGACGCUUCGCUCCGGACGCUUUCCGCUUGUUUCCUUCUGGUUCGGAAGUUCACAUGGCUUCCCGCGAAGGGGACGACGCGGUCCUGUUCAGGCGGGGGGCCGGGCAGAGUGAUGAUUCUGAUAUAUGGGAUGAUACAGCACUGAUAAAAGCCUACGACAAAGCAGUUGCAUCUUUUAAGAAUGCCUUGAAGAAUGGUGACUGUUCAGAGCCUUUGGACAAAACUGAGCAAAAUGCUGGAACAAAAAGAAAAAACAAUAAAAAGAAUAAGAGUAGAAAGAAAAAUAAUGCUACAACACAGAAACAGUGGAGAGUUAAUGAUGCAUGUAGCGCAAUUUGGUCUGAAGACGGCAAUGUAUACCAAGCAACUAUUACCUCAGUUAAUUGGAAGAAAGGAACUUGUGUAGUAGUUUAUACUGGAUAUGGUAAUAGGGAAGAGCAGAAGUUGUCAGAUCUUCUACCACCGAUGGAUGCUGAGGGAACUAAUGAAGAGAAAAGUGCUGCUGAGAAUGAAAAUGAGACUCAAUAUUCAACAGAUGAAAGUGACUUUUCCUUCCGGUCACCUCAAAGCAAACACAACCCUACAAAACCAGCGCAGUGGAACUCCCACUUUCCUCUUCCAUCAUCACCUUCAGCACAAGGCCCAGAAAGGGAUGGAAGGAAAUUCCCUGGGCCUCCAGCUUUCUUAUCGGGCUGGUCUCCAUUUCCAUCAGGACCACCGUUGAUACCACCUCCUCCACUUCUUAGUUCGGAUUCACCUGACGAUGAUGAUGAAGCUUUAGGAAGUAUGUUAAUAGCUUGGUAUAUGAGUGGCUACCACACUGGCUAUUACCUGGGUUUAAAGCAGGGCCGAGUGGAAGCUACCUUGGGAAAACACAGUCACUUGAAAUAAGUCUGGAGCUUAUUCUGCACAAAUAGAAUAACAUUCAGAUACAUUCUGACAUGCUGAUUCUUAGGGUCAACUUAGAGUCAACAACAGGAAGACUAAUCUUCACUGCUAACUCCACAGCAACAUUAUCUUGAUGUAUUCCAUGUUGUAGUUGUGGACAACAGUAAUGACCUAAGUGAAAAACUCUAUUCAAGCAUGGACUAUCCAGGAUCCAGGACUAGAACAACUCUUCUGUCAGUUAAGGGGAUAGUUGCUUACUAUCACUCAACUGAUUUGAAAUACUGGUCAAUAAAAUUAACUUUUGCAAUUGAUUUUCUUUUUUAUUAAACUUACUGAUAUCUAGAAUAUAUAAAAAGCAAUUUUAACACCA